AUGUCUCAGGCUAUAAGGCAGAGACGCUCUCAGCCGUCGGAUCCACCGGCGCCAUCGUCUUCUUACUCGAAGCUCGACAAAGCAGCGAAAUCGGACGACAAAGAUGAAGGGUUAAAGUGGGCAUUGCCGUUUGUUGCUUUGGGAUUGUUGAGGUAUAUGAGUGCUACUUCUAAUAUCAUCCAUGAUUGUGAUGAGGUUUUCAAUUACUGGGAGCCUCUUCAUUACCUUCUCUACAAAACUGGCUUCCAAACAUGGGAAUAUAGUUCACAAUUUGCUCUUCGGUCAUAUUUGUACCUUUUAUUUCAUGAAAUAGUGGCUCGACCAGCUUUGUGGUUGUUUGCUGAUGAAAAAGUUAGAGUGUUCUAUGCUGUAAGAUUUUUUCUUGGUUUUCUCUCGGUUGUCACAGAGACCGUUCUUGUGGUAGCUCUUUCGAGAAAGUAUGGAAAACGACUUGCUUCUUAUACACUUGCUAUGCUGUGCUUAGCCAGCGGCUGUUUCUUUGCUAGCACAAGUUUCUUGCCAAGUUCGUUUUCCAUGUAUGCAAUCUCUCUUGCUUCGGGUUUAUUUCUUCUUGAUAAACAUGCUGCAGCAGUUGCUGUUUCUGCUAUUGGUGUGAUACUUGGCUGGCCUUUCUCAAUCUUGGCUUUCCUUCCGGUGACACUUUAUUCUUUAUAUAUAAAAUUCAAACGGGCAUUUAUUGCUGGGGCUGUCACAUCAGUAAUUCUUCUUGCAUUGUCAGCAGUUACGGAUUAUAACUACUAUGGAAGAUGGACUUCAUCUGUUUUGAAUCUUCUAAUAUACAACGUAGCUGGAGGUGGGGAAAGCCAUCUUUAUGGGACUGAAGGACCUCUUUUUUAUCUAAAGAAUGGAUUUAACAAUUUCAACUUUUGUUUUGUUCUUUCUAUGCUGUUCUUGGGAUUUUGGCCUAUUGUUAAGAAGAAAUAUGGGAGAGACCUACUGAUUGUGAUAUCUCCUUUAUACAUUUGGCUGGCUUUUAUGUCUCUGCAGCCACAUAAAGAAGAAAGGUUCCUUUAUCCAAUAUAUCCACUUAUUUGUGUUACUGCUUCUGCUGUCAUUGAGAGCUUUCCUGAUCUUUUCCGUGACAAGUAUGAUUCAUUUGAUACUUCUAUAAUAGUGAGGAUAGCCAAAUUUCUGAGGCCGGUGGUUCUGAGCAUUAUAUUAUAUUCCUCUCAUGCUCGUACAUUUUCUCUGAUUCACGGUUACUCAGCUCCUAUAGAGAUUUACAAGAUUUUAGAGCACCAUGACGAUGUUGCAAAUGGUUCUGUACUUUGUGUUGGAAGUGAAUGGCAUCGCUACCCAUCAUCAUUUUUCGUCCCAGAUUUUGUGGGACAAGUUCGAUGGAUUGAUGAUGGUUUCGGAGGUCUCCUUCCUUUCCAAUUUAAUUCUACCCUAGGCGGGACCACUGCAGCACCACCAUACUUUAACAACAAGAACAUAGCAUCAAAAGAGCAAUUUCUCCAUGAUAUCGAUGACUGCACUUUCCUUGUUGAGCUGCAGCUAAAGCGACCUUACCUGACACGUGGUAGCGACAUGUCAACAUGGGAGACUAUUGCUGCAUUACCUUAUUUGGAUAGGGAGCUUUCGCCAGCUUUGUAUAGGUCGUUUUUCAUCCCUUACCUCUGGCAAGAAAAGAACGUUUUCGGCAUGUAUAAACUGCUCAGAAGAGUAACCAAAUGA